AUGGUCAAAUAUGUGCCUCCACCCGAGGACUUGUCAAGUCUGAAUCCCGUACAGAGAUUCAUGAACAAAGGCCAACUCGAUCGUCAAGACUACGUUUGGUUGAUUUUGAUCGUUGCCGCUUAUUUCACCGCCCGGCCAUACAUUCAAAGCUUCUUCAAAUGGUGGAUGGGAGAUGAUGCCAUGAAAGAGGGUGAAAAGGCCCAGGAAGAAUACUUCAAAUCCAAGGCCAAGGUCGGCCCCAAUGCCAUAAGAGGGACCGAAACAGAAGACUCUACCACAAUACCUGAAAAGGAACCAGGUGCAUCUGGCAGCGCGACAGAUAAGAAAGGAAGCGUCGUGAACCGCAAGACAAAUGAAAAGACUGGAGAAGAUCAGCUGCUGGACUGGGAGGAUGAGCCCGCCAGAAAACCCACAGAAGGAGACAAGUCAGACGUUGUUGCAUGGCUUGACAGGUGGUCGAAUGAACAGGAAUAG